GCGCUGAACGUGCAGGCUAAGAAGGCGAGAGAAAUACCUUAUAAUAUAAUCCUAAGUGAUAAAUACUUACUAAGAAUUUAUUGUCAUAUGACAAAUUUUAAUCAGUGUGUUAAUGUUUAUACUUUUGUUUUGAUAUGAUAGGUUGCCCAACAGCUUACUAUCAUUUGAAAUCCGAUGACAUGUGUGUCACCCAUUCAAGUCAAUCCAUUUUUUUGGGUAGUUAUGAAAAUUUUUGUCAAGGAAAAAAUAAUGGAGUUCCUAUCUCGAAACGCAUAAGUGACGAAGGACUGAAAGAAUUGGCUUCAGAACUGAAAAUAUAUGCUGAAGCAACAAUGCCUCCGAAGGCAUACAUAGGAUUGAAAAAAGAUGAUCAGAUGGGAUCAAAAAAAUGGAUUUUUUCCAACGAUCAAGGAUCCGUCGAGGAAGAUGAUUACUCUCUUUGGACUCGCAAGCCAUAUAUGAAUGAGCAAUGUGCAACCGUCAUGCCCUCAGAAGAUUACAAAGUUCAACCUGUCGCCUGUAAUGAAAACGCAAGACCACUCUGUGAAAAGUCUGGACCUCAGCACAAUACAACAUUUAGAGGCGUUGAGCUUGAGCUUAAUUUUCCAAGUCUUGCACCAGUGAUUGAUCAUAUUGAGAUGCAUUUGUAA